UUUACAGCUCUCAGGGUGCUUAAAGCGUUCAUGCAGCCAGAAUCUGACUGGGAUGAUUGACAGCUGCUCCUCCUGAACCCCAGGAUGCCUGUGGUGCCAGUGGGCGGGACAUCCUCCUCCCAACAAGUCGUACCUGUCGCCCUCACCUGCUCCUGGCUGCUCCUUCUCCUCCACGCCGCCUUCGGUCAGAAACCCGCCAAGCUGCCUCUGAUUGGCCGGAAGCCGUUCAUAGCCGCCUGGAACGCCCCGCUGGACAUGUGCACCAUCAAGUACAACAUCACCACCAACGCUGACCGCCUCUUCCACAUCCACGGGAGCCCACGUGCCGACUGGACGGGCCAGAACGUCACCAUCUUCUACGCCAACCGGCUGGGCUACUACCCUUACUACACGCCGCAGGGCGUCGCCGUGCAUGGCGGCCUGCCACAGAACUGCAGCCUGGACCUGCACCUGUUCAAGGCCUAUCAGGACAUCAACCACUUCAUCCCCGCAGAGGACUUCCGCGGCCUGGCCGUCAUAGACUGGGAGUUCUGGCGUCCUCAGUGGAGUCGAAACUGGCACAAGAAAGACAUCUACCGGCGCAAGUCAAGGGAGCUGACCGCCAAGGCGUAUGUCAACGUGACGGCGGCGCAGGUGGAGGAGCUGGCACGGCGGCGCUUUGAGAAGAGCGCCAAGGCGUUCAUGCAGAGGACUAUCCAGCUGGGUACACGCCUUCGCCCCAACGGCCUCUGGGGUUUCUACCUCUACCCCGACUGCCACAACUACAACUUGCACGAGCAGAACUACACGGGCUUCUGCCCCCUGCUGGAGAGGCUGAGGAACGACGAGCUGCUGUGGCUGUGGAACAGCAGCACGGCACUCUUUCCCUCCGUGGCGAUCAGGAAAACUCACACCAACAGCAUCAGUAACCUGCACUUCUCCCAGCACAGGAUCCGAGAGUCCCUGCGUGUUGCCUCGCUGACCUCCAGGGAGUACGACCUCCCCACCUACGUGUACCUGAGGCUGGGCUACAGAGACGAGGCGCUGGCCUUCCUCACCACGAAAGACUUGAUCCACACCAUCGGGGAGAGUGCUGCUCUGGGAGCUGCAGGGUUCGUCAUCUGGGGGGACCUCAACCUGACCUCGUCCAGGCAUAACUGCAGCAAAGUGAAAGCCUUCCUGAGCCACCGCCUGGGCCAGUACAUCACCAAUGUGACACGAGCCGCCGAGGUCUGCAGCGACUUCCUGUGCCAGGGGAAUGGCCGCUGCGUCCGCAGAGAUCCCCUUGCCCGCCAUUACCUCCACCUGAGCGCUGGCAGCUACCACAUCCGGCCCUCCGGCGACGGGGACUUCAUGGUCACUGGGUGGCACUCGCAGCACGAGCUGCAGCUGCUGACUGAGAGGUUUCGCUGCCAUUGCUACGAAGGACACGAGGGCGAGCGCUGCGACAGCAUCAACGAAGUGAAGGAGGACGACGGGCCGUGGAGGGACGAGGACGAGGUGGAUGAGCAGGAGAGGAGGAGGACGGAGUGGGAGGACGAGCAGGGGGAUGGGUGGGAGGGGGCAGAGGGUGAGGCGUCGCUGAGCAGCUGCAGCCUUCACAUGAUGCUGUUGAUGCUCCUGUUGAACUUCUCCUUAGUGAAGACAGUCGUAUGACAAAAGCAGGAGUCAACUGCUACUUUUAAACACAGACAGAUCACUUUUGAAUUUUCAUGACAGCAACAAACCAGUGUUUGGCUGGAUAUCAACCCUGGAUGUUAGCAUUUUAGCCGAUCCAUCACAGAGACACAAGACGUACCAGAUGUCGAGUAUUAUCAGUGAAGCCAACAAAUAUCACUGCUCAGAUCGAAGUUUUUCUCAAUGAUACAAAUAUGUCUCAUGCAGUGCUCAUCAACAGUUUGUUGCUGUGCAGGUCCUCGUGAACACCUUCACAGAAAUAUGAAAUUAAAUUAACAUUUUAAUAGUGGUGUUCAUCUAAAAUGUGUGUCACAUAUUAAAGGCAAUUUGUUUUAAAGUUGUUGAGACAUUUCACACAAAACCAAAAAGGACCUCAUGGCCACACAGAUGAUCACCAAAUUCAGUGGGGUUCAUCCUCUGGGAACCUUGAAUGUCUGCACAAAAGAUCACCAAUAAAUGAGAUCCAACACGCUGAUCUAACAUCAUACGCCCUCAUGAACAGUUCAGUAUGAAUUCCUACGAAAAGUAUUGCACUGA